CUGACGCAACAAGAACUUUGGCAUCCACAACCAACCCUCCAACAUCUUUGACUGUAGCACAAACGUCAACAACAUCUGAGGCACCAACCACAACUCUUCCUGUCACGAUAACAACUACGGAUGCAACAACAACUUUGGCUUCCACUAUCAGUCCUACAGCAUCCUCAACUGUAGCACCAGUGUCAACAACCGAUUCAGCAACCACAACUUUGCCUGACACCACAAGUAUUGAUGCAACAACAGCAUUAGUUACCACAACCAGCCUUUCAACAUCCUCAACUAUAGCAUCAGUGUCAACAACUGAUGCAGCAACCACAAAAAUGUCUGACACCACAACUACUGAUGCAACAACAACUUUGAUAUCCACAACCACCCCUCCAACAUCCUCAACUAUAUCACCACUGUCAACAACAUCAGAUCAAGCAACCACAAAUAUGCCUGACAGAACAACAACUAUUGAUACAAUAAAAACUUUGACUUCCACAUCCACCCCUAAAACAUCCUCAACUAUAGCACCACUAGCAACAACAACACUGUCUGAAACUACAACAACAAUUGAUGCAACAAUGACUUCAACUUCCACAACCGCCCAUCCAACAUCUUCAGCUACAUUACCAACAUCAACAACUAAUGGACCAACAUCAACUAUCCCUGACACCAUAGAAACUAGUGAUGCAAUUCCAACUUUGGAUUCCACAAAUUCCCAUCUAACAUCAACAACUGAUACAUCAACCACAACUCUGUCUGCGACCACAACAAUUACUGAUGCAACAACAACUUUGGCUUCCACAACCACCCCUCAAACAUCCUCAACAAUAGCACCAGCAACAACAACUGAUGCAUCAAGCACAAAUGUGCCUGACACCACAACAACUACUGAUGGAUCAACAACUUUGGCUUUCACAACCACUGCUCCAUCAUCCUCAAGUACUGCACGAACAUCAACAACUAAUGGACCAACAACAACUAUGCCUGAGACCACAAAAACUACUGAUGGAUCAACAACUUUGGCUUUCACAACUACUGCUCCAACAUCCUCAACUAUAGCAUCAGUGUCAACAACUGAUGCAGCAACCACAAAAAUGUCUGACACCACAACAACUACUGACGCAACAACAGCUUUGGGAUCCACAACCACCCCUCCAACAUCUUCAACUAUAGCACUAGCAUCAACAACAUCAGAUGCAGCAACCACAAAUAUACCUGACACAACAACAACUUUGACUUCCACAACCACCCCUCAAACAUCCUCAACUACAGUACCAUCAUCGACGACUAAUGAACCAACAACAAAUAUUCCUGACACCACAAAAAAUACUGAUGCAACAACAGCUUUGGAUUCCACAGCCACACCUCUAAAAUCAACGACUGGUGCAACAGCCACAAUUUUGUCUGACACCACAACAACUUCUGAUGCAAAAACAGUUUUGGCUUCCACAACCACCCCUCAAACAUCCUCGACAAUAGCACCAGAAUCAACAACUGAUGCAUCAACCACAACUCUGUCUGACAGCACUACAACUUCUGAUGCAACAACACCUUUGGCAUCCACAACCUCCCCUACAACAUCCUCAACUGUAGCACCAGUUUCAACAACAUCAGAUGCAGCAACCACAAAUAUACCUGACACAACAACUACCGAUACAACAACAACUUUGACUUCCACAACCACCCCUCAAACAUCCUCAGCUUCAGUAGCUAUAUCGAUGACUAAUGAACCAACAACAAAUAUGCCUGACACCACAAAAAAUACUGAUGCAACAACAGCUUUGGCUUCCACAACCACCCCUGAAACAUCCUCAACAAUAGCACGGGAAUCAACAACUGAUUCAGCAACCACAAUUGUGACUGACACCAGAACAACUAUUCAUGCAACAACAACGUUGACUUCCACAACCACCCAACCAUCAUCUUCAACUAUAACACCAACAUCGACAACAUCUGAUGCAGCAACCACAGCUAUGCGAGACACCACAUCAAGUGUUGAUGCAACAGCAACAUUAGCCACCACAACCACCCUUUCAAAAUCUUCAACUGUGGCACCAAUGUCAACAUCAACUGAUGAAGCAACAACAACUCUCUUUGGGACAGCAACAAGUCUUGAUGCAACAACAAAUUUGGCUUCCACUAUCACUCCUACAGCAUCCUCAACGGUAGCACCAGUGUCAACAACUGAUGAAGCAACCACAACUUUGCCUGACACCACAACAACUACUGAUGCAACAAAAACUUUGACAUACAAAACCACCCCUCCAACAUUCUCAACAAUAGCACCAGAAUCAACAACUGAUUCAGCAACCACAACUGUGCCUUACACAAAAACAACAGUUGAUGCAUCAACGACUUUGUCUUCCACAACCACCACUCCAACAUCCUCAACUAUAGCACCACUAGCAAUGACAACUCUGUCUGAAACUACAACAACAAUUGACGCAACAAUGACUUCGACUUCCACAACCGCCCAUCCAACAUCUUCAGCUACAUUACCAACAUCAACAACUAAUGGACCAACAUCAACUAUUCCUGACACCAUAGAAACUAGUGAUGCAACUCCAACUUUGGAUUCCACAUACUCCCAUCUAACAUCACCAACUGAUGCAUCAACCACAACUCUGUCUGCAAGAACAACAACUACUGGUGCAACAAUAACUUUGGCUUCCACAACCACUCCUCUAAAAUCAACGACUGGUGCAACAACCACAACAACUACUGAUGUAACAACAGUUUUGGCUGCCACAACCAACCCUCAAACAUCCUCGACUAUAGCAACAGAAUCAACAACUGAUGCAUCAACCACAACUUUGUCUGACAGCACAACGACUUCUGAUGCAACAACACCUUUGGCAUCCACAGCUACCCCUCCAACAUCCUCAACUAUAGCACCAGCAUCAACAACAUUAGAUGCAGCAACCACUCUUGAUGCAACAACAAAUUUGGCUUCCACUAUCACUCCUACAGCAUCCUCAACUGUAGCACCAGUGUCAACAACUGAUGCAUCAACCACAGCUCUGUCUGACAGCACAACUACUGAUGCAACAACAAUACCUUUGACUUCCACAACCACCCCUCCAACAUCCCAAACUAUAGUACCAACAUCGACAACUAAUGAACCAACAAAAACUAUGCCUGACACCACAAAAAAUACUGAUGCAACAACAACUUUGACAUCCACAACCACCCCUCCAAAAUCCUCAACUAUAGCACCACUGUCAACAACAUCAGAUCCAGCAACCACAAAUAUGCCUUACACAACAACAACUAUUGAUACAAUAACAACUUUAACUUCCACAUCCACCCCUAAAACAUCCUCAACAAUAGCACCAGCAUCUACAACUGAUGCGUCAAGCACAACUGUGCCUGACACCACAACAGCUACUGAUGCAACAACAACUUUGGCUUUCACAACCACUGCUCCAUCAUCCUCAAGUACUGCACGAACAUCAACAACUAAUGGACCAACAACAACUAUGCCUGAGACCACAAAAACUACUGAUGGAUCAACAAUUUUGGCUUUCACAACCACUGCUCCAACAUCCUCAACUAUAGCACUUGCAUCAACAACUAAUUCAGCAACCACAACUGUGCCUGAAACCACAACAACUGUUCAUGCAAAAACAACUUUGGCUUCCACAACCGACCCUCCAACAUCUUUGACUGUAGCACCAACUUUAACGACAUCUGAGGCACCAACCACAACUCUGCCUGUUACCACAACAACUACGCAUGCAACAACAACUUUGGCUUCCACAACCACCCCUCAAACAUCCUCAACUACAGUAUCAACAUCGCAGACUAAUGAACCAACAACAAAUAUUCCUGACACCAAUAAAAAUACUGAUGCAACAACAGCUUUGGAUUCCACAGCCACCCCUCUAAAAUCAACGACUGUUGCAACAACCACAACUCUGUCUGACACCACAACAACUACGCAUGCAACAACAACUUUGGCUUCCACAACCACCCAUCCAUCAUCUUCAACUGUAGCACCAACAUCGACAACAUCUCAUGCAGCAACUACAGCUAUGCGAGACACCACAUCAAGUGUUGAUGAAACAACAACAUUAGCCACCACAACCACCUUUUCAAAAUCUUCAGCUGUGGCACCAAUGUCAACAUCAACUGAUGAAGCAACAACAACUCUCUCUGGGACAGCAACAACUCUUGAUGCAACAACAAAUUCGGCUUCCACUAUCAGUCCUACAGUAUCCUCAACUGUAGCACCAGUGUCAACAACCGAUGCAGCAACAACAACUCUCUCUGGGACAGCAACAACUCUUGAUGCAACAACAAAUUCGGCUUCCACUAUCACUCCUACAGCAUCCUCAACUGUAGAACCAGUGUCAACAACCGAUGCAGCAACCACAACUUUGCCUGACACCACAAGUAUUGAUGCAACAACAGCAUUAGUUAUCACAACCAGCCUUUCAACAUCCUCAACUACAGUUCCAACAUCGACGACUAAUGAACCAACAACAAAUAUUCCUGAGACCACAAAAAAUACUGAUGCAACAACAGCUUUGGCUUCCACAACCACCCCUCAAACAUCCUCGACAACAGAACCAGAAUCAACAACUGAUGCAUCAACUACAACUCUGUCUGACACCACAACAACUACUGAUGCAACAACAACUUUGGCAUCCACAACCACCCCUCCAACAUCCUCAACUGUAGCACCAGUGUCAACAACUGAUGCAGCAACCACAAUUUUGCCUAACACCACAAGUAUUGAUGCAACAAAAGAAUUAGCUGUCACAACCACCCUUUCAACAUCUUCAAUUAUAGCAUCAGUGUCAACAACUGAUGCAUCAACCACAGCUCUGUCUGACAGCACAACUACUGAUGCAACAACAACACCUUUGACUUCCACAACCACCCCUCCAACAUCCUCAACUACAGUACCAACAUCGACAGCUAAUGAACCAACAACUAUGCCUGAAACCACAAAAAAUACUGAUGCAACAACAACACCUUUGACUUCCACAGCCACCCCUCUAACAUCCUCAACUGCAGCUCCAGUCUCAACAACAGAUACAGCAACCAGAAGUAUACCUGAGACCACAACAAGUAUUGAUGCAACAAUGGCAUUAGCUAUCAUAACCACCCCUCCAACAUCCUCAACUAUAGCACAACUGUCAACCACAUCAGAUCCAGUGACCACAAAUAUGCCUGACACAACAACUAUUGAUACAACAACAAGUUUGACUUCCACAAACACCCCUAAAACAUUCUCAACUACAGUACCAACAUCGACGACUAAUGAACCAACAACAAAUAUUCAUGACACCACAGAAAAUACUGAUGCAACGACAACUUUGGCUUUAACAACCACUGCUCCAACAUCCUCAACUAUAGCACCAGAAUCAACAACUGAUGCUUCAACCACAACUCUGUCUGACAGCACAACAACGUCUGAUGCAGCAACAACUUUGGCAUCCACAACCAUCCCUCCCACAUCCUCAACUAUAACACCAGUUUCAACAACAUCAGAUGCAGCAACCACAAAUAUGCCUGACACAACAACAACUAUUGAUACAACAACAACUUUGACUUCCACAACCACCCCUCAAACAUCCUCAGCUACAGUACCAACAUCGGUAACUAAUGAACCAAUAACAAAUAUGCCUGACACCACAAAAAAUACCGAAGCAUCAACAGAUUUGGCUUUCACAACCACUGCUCCAACAUCCUCAUCUAUAGCACCAGCAUCAACAACUGAUUCAGCAACCACAAAUCUGUCUGACACAAAAACAACAAUUGAUGCAACAACAACUUUGACUUCCACAACCACCCCUACAACAUCUUCAGCUACAUUACCAACAUCAACAACUAAUGGACCAACAACAACUAUGCCUGACACCAUAGAAACUAGUGAUGCAACACCAACUUUGGACUCCAUAACCUCCCCUCUGACAUCAACAACUGAUGCAUCAACCACAACUCUGUCUGACACGACAACAACUAUUGAUGCAACAAUAACUUUGGCUUCCACAACCACCCCUCCAACAUCCUCAACUAUAGCACCACUAGCAACGACAACUAUGUCUAAAACUACAACAAUUGAUGCAACAAUGACUUUGACUUCCACAACCGCCCAUCCAACAUCUUCAGCUACAUUACCAACAUCAACAACUAUUGGACCAACAUCAACUAUUCCUGACACCAUAGAAACUAGUGAUGCAACUCCAACUUUGGAUUCCACAAACUCCCAUCUAACAUCAACAACUGAUGCAUCAACUACAACUCUGUCUGCAACCACAACAACUACUGAUGCAACAACAACUUUGGCUUCCACAACCACCCCUCAAACAUCCUCAAGAAUAGCACCAGCAUCAACAACAGAUGCAUCAAGCACAACUGUGCCUGAAACCACAACAACUACUGAUGCAACAACAACUACUGAUGCAACAACAACUUUGGCUUCCACAACCAACCCUCCAACAUCUUUGACUGUAGCACCAACGUCAACAACAUCUGAGGCACCAACCACAACUCUGCCUGUCACCACAACAACUACGGAUGCAACAACAACUUUGGCUUCCACAACCACCCAACUAUCAUCUUCAACUGUAGCACAAACAUCGACAAAAUCUGAUACAGUAACUGCAGCUAUGCGUGACACCACAUCAAGUGUUGAUGCAACAACAACAUUUGCCACCACAACCACCCUUUCAAAAUCUUCAACUGUGGCACCAAUGUCAACAUCAACUGAUGAAGCAACAACAACUCUCUCUGGGACAGCAACAACUCUUGAUGCAACAACAAAUUCGGCUUCCACUAUCACUCCUACAGCAUCCUCAACUGUAGCACCAGUGUCAACAACCACUGCAGCAACCACAACUUUGCCUGACACCACAAGUAUUGAUGCAACAACAGCAUUAGUUAUCACAACCAGCCUUUCAACAUCCUCAACUAUAGCAUCAAUGUCAACAACUGAUGCGUCAACCACAAGUCUGUCUGACAGCACAACAACUACUGAUGCAACAAUAACUUUGACGUCCACAACCAUCCCUCCAACAUCCUCAGUUACAGUACCAACAUCGAUGACUAAUGAACCAACAACAAAUAUGCCUGACACCAUAAAAAAUACUGAUGCAACUACAGCUUUGGCUUUUACAUCCACUGCUCCAACAUCCUCAACUAUAGCACCAGCAUCAACAACUGAUGCUUCAACCACAUCCAUGCAUGACACAACAACAACAAUUGAUGCAACAACACCUUUGAUUUCCACAACCACCCCUCCAACAACCUCAACAAUAGCACCAGCAUCAACAACAGAUUCAGCAACCACAACUGUGCCUGACACAACAACUGAUGCAACAACACCUUUGAUUUCCACAACCACCCCUCCAAAAUCCUCAACAAUAGCACCAGAAUCAACAACUGGUGCGUCAACCACAUCCUCAACUACAGUACCAACAUCGACUACUAAUGAACCAACAACAAAUAUACAUGACACCACAAAAAAUACUGAUGCAACAACAACUUUGGAUUCCACAGCCACCCCUCUAAAAUCAACGACUGGUGCAACAAUCACAACUCUGUCUGACACCACAACAACUACUGAUGCAAAAACAGUUUUGACUUCCACAACCACCCCUCAAACAUCCUCAACAAUAGCACCAGCAGCAACCACAACUCUGUCUGAAACUACAACAACAAUUGAUGCAAAAACAGUUUUGACUUCCACCCCUCAAACAUCCUCAACAAUAGCACGAGAAUCAACAACUGAUGCUUCGACCACAACUGUGCCUGACACCACAACAAAUACUGAUGCAAGUACAACUUUGUCUUCCACAACCACCCCUCCAACAUCCUCAACUAUAGCACCAGCAGCAACCACAACUCUGUCUGAAACUACAACAACAAUUGAUGCAACAAUGACUUUGACUUCCACAACCACCCGUCCAACAUCUUCACCUACAUUACCAACAUCAACAACUAAUGGACCAACAUCAACUAUGCCUGACACCAUAGAAACUAGUGAUGCAACUCCAACUUUGGAUUCCACAACGUCCCAUCUAACAUCAACAAAUUAUGCAUCAACCACAACUCUGUCUGAAACUACAACAACAAUUGAUGCAACAAUGACUUUGACUUCCACAACCACCCCUCAAACAUCCUCAAGUACUGCACGAACAUCAACAACUAAUGGACCAACAACAACUAUGCCUGACACCACAAAAACUACUGAUGGAUCAACAACUUUGGCUGUCACAACCACUGCUCCAACAUCCUCAACUAUAGCACCUGCAUCAACAACUGAUUCAGCAACCACAACUGUGCCUGAAACCACAACAACUAUUCAUGCAACAACAACUUUGGCUUCCACAACCAACCCUCCAACAUCUUUGACUGUAGCACCAACGUCAACAACAUCUGAGGCACCAAUCACAACUCUGCCUGUCACCAAAACAACUACGGAUGCAACAACAACUUUGGCUUCCACAACCACUCAACCAUCAUCUUCAACUAUAGCACCAACAUCGACAAAAUCUGAUACAGCAACUACAGCUAUGCGUGACACCACAUCAAGUGUUUAUGCAACAACAACAUUAGCCACCACAACCACCCUUUCAAAAUCUUCAAUUGUGGCACCAAUGUCAACAUCCACUGAUGAAGCAACAACAACUCUCUCUGGGACAGCAACAACUCUUGAUGCAACAACAAAUUCGGCUUCCACUAUCACUCCUACAGCAUCCUCAACUGUAGCACCAGUGUCAACAACACCUGCAGCAACCACAACUUUGCCUGUCACCACAAGUAUUAAUGCAACAACAGCAUUAGUUAUCACAACCAGCCUUUCAACAUCCUCAACUAUAGCAUCAGUGUCAACAACUGAUGCAGCAACCACAAAAAUGUCUGACACCACAACAACUACUGAUGCAACAACAACUUUGCCAUCCACAACCACCCCUCAAACAUCUUCAACAAUAGCACCAGCUUCAACAACUGAUGCAUCAAUCACAACUGUGCCUGACACCACAAAAACUACUGACGCAACAACAUAUUUGGCUUUCACAACCACUGCUUCAACAUCCUCAAGUACUGCACCAGCAUCAACAACUAAUGGACCAACGAUAACUAUGUCUGACACCACAAAAACUAGUGAUGCAACAAGAACUUUGGCUUCCACGACCAUCCCUCAAACAUCCUCAACAAUAGCACCAGAAUCAACAACUGAUGCAUCAACCAAAACUGUGCCUGACACCACAAAAACUACUGAUGCAACUGCAGCUUUGGCUGCCACACCCACACCUCAAACAUCCUCAACUAUAGCACCAGCAUCAACAACUGAUGUAGGAACUACAACUAUACCUGACACCACAACAAGUAUUGAUGCAACAACAACUUUGGCUUCCACAAUCACUUCUACAACAUCCUCAACUGAAGCACCAGUCUCAACAACUGAUGCAUCAACCACUACUCUUUCUGACAGCACAACUAUUGAUGCAACAACAACUUUGACAUCCUCAACCUCCCGUACAACAUCUUCAGCUACAGUACCAACAUCGACUACUAAUGAACCAAAAACGCCUAUGUCUGACAGCACCAAAAAUACUAAUGCAACAACAACUUUGGAUUCCACAGGCACCCCUCUAACAUCAACAACUGGUGCAACAAUCACAACUCUUUCCGACACCACAACUUCUGAUGAAACAAGAACUUUGGCUUCCACAACCAUCCCUCAAACAUCCUCAACAAUAGCACCAGAAUCAACAACUGAUGCAUCAACCACAACUAUACCUGACACCACAACAAGUAUUGAUGCAACAUCAACUUUGGCUUCCACAAUCACUCCUACAUCAUCCUCAACUGUAGCACCAGUCUCAACAACUGAUGCAGCAACCACAACUAUACCUUAUACCACAACAAGUAUUGAUGCAACAACUACAUUAGCUAUCGCAACCACCCUUUCAACAUCCUCAACCAUAGCAUCAGUGUCAACAACUGAUGCAGGAACCACAACUCUGUCUGGCAGCACAACUAGUGAUGCAACAACAACUUUGACUACCACAGCCACCCCUCCUACAUCUUCAGCUACUGCACCAACAUCAACAACUGAUGGACCAAAAACAAUCAUGCCUGAAGCCACAAAAUCUACUGAUGCAACAACAGCUUUGGAUUUAACAACCACCCCUCUAUCGUUAACAACUGAUGUAUCAAACACAACUGUGUCUGACACCACAAAAACAAAUGAUGCAAGAACAACUGUGACUUCAACAACCACCCCUCCAUCAUCCACAACUAUAUCACCAGCAUCAACGACUGAUACAGCAACCACAGUUGUGCCUGACACCACAACAACUACUGAUGCAACAACAACUUUGACUACCACAACCACCCCUCCAUCAUCCUCAACUAUAUCACCAGAAUCACCAUCUUAUGCAGCCACCACAACUAUGCCAGACACCACAACAACUACCACAACCUCCUUUUCAACAUCCUCAAUUGUGGAAUCAGCAUUAACAAGAAAUGAUGCGUCAACCACAAGUAUGCCUGAGACCACAGCAACUACUGAUGCAACAACAAAUUUAGCUUCCACUACCACUUUUCCAACAUCCUCAACUGUGGCACCAAUGUCAACAAGUCAUGCAGCAGUUACAACUAUUUCUGAUACUACAACAACUAUUGAUGUAACAAGAAGUUUGGCUAGUACAACAACCACUCUAGCAUCAUCAGCUAUUGCAUUAAUAUCAACAACUAAUGCAGCAAACACAACUAUGUCUGACUCCACAAAAACUAUUGAUGUGACAACCUCUUUAGUUACCACAACCACCUCUCCAACAUUCUCAACUACUUUAACAACAACUGAUGCAACAACUGCAACAAUGCCUGGCACUUCAACAGCUAUUGAUUCAAUAGCAACUUUGGCUACCACAACCACCCUUUCAACACCUUCAGCUAUGGCACCAAUGUCAACAACAUCAACAACAUCUGAUGCAAUAACAACAACUAUAUCUGCCAUCACAACAACUAUAGAUGCAACAACACUUAUGGCUUUCACAGCCACUCCUCCAACAAUCUCAACAGUGUUACCAACAUCAACAACAACUGAUCCAUCAACUACAAAUCUGCUUGACACCACAAAAACUACUGAUACACCAACAUUGGCUUCCACAACCACCUCUCUAACCUUACCAAAUGUAGCAACAGCAUCAACAGAUGAUGCAGCAACCACAAAUAUGCCUGACUCUACAAAAACUACUGAUGCAACAACAAAUUUGGCUUCCUCAACCACCUCUCCAACAUCCUCAACUGCAGCACCAACUUCAACAACUGAUACAACAACUACAGCUAUGCCAGGCAACACAAUGACUAUUGAUGCAACAAAAUCUUUGGCUUCCAUAAUCCCUCCAACAUACUCAAGUAUUGCACCUAUAACAGCAACUGAUACAGCAACCACACCUCUGUCUGACAACACAAAAAGUACUGAUGCAACAACAACUUUGGCUUCCACAAUCACCCCUCUAAUGUCAACAACUGAUUCAGCAACCACAAUUAUGCCUCUCACCUCAGUUUCUAUUCACACAACAACUUUGGCUUCCACAAACAGCCCUCCAACAUUCUCAUCUACUGCACCAAUGUCAACAACUGAUGCAGCAACCAAAGUUAUGUCUGACACCACCACAGGCUUUGAUGUAAAAACAUCUUUGGCUAACACAACAUCAGCAACAAUUAGUGCAUCAACUACAAGUAUGCCUGAUGCCACAACAACUAGUGAUGCAACAAAAACUGUUGCUCCCACAAUCACACCUCCAACAUCCUCAAUUAUAGCACCAACAUCAAAAACUAAUACAGCAACCACAACUAUGCCUGACUUCACAACAACUGUUGAUUCAACAGCAAAUUUGGCUUCCACAACUACCCCUCCAACAUCGUCAACUGAUGUACCAACCUUGACAAUUUAUGAAACAACCACAAGUCUGCCUCACAACACAACAACUAUUGAUUCAACAACAUCUUUGGCUUCCACAACCACCACGCCAACAUCCUCAGUUCUGGCACCAAUAACAACAAUGGAAGCAGCAACCAAAAGUAUUCCUGACACUACAACAGCUACUGAUGAUACAACAACAUUGGCUGCCACAACUACAACUCCAUCAUCCUCAACUGUAGCACUAGUGUCAACAACUAAUGCAGCAACCACAAGUAUGCCUGACUUCACUCCAAAUACUGAUGCAACAACAACUUUGGUUGCUACAGUCACUCCUCAAACAUCCUUAACUGUAGCACCAGCAUCAACAACUGAUGCAGCAACAACUAUGCCUGACACCACAAAAACUACUGAUGUAACAACCACUUUGGCUUCAACAACCACCCCUUUAACAUCCUCAACUGUGGCAUCAACGUCAACAACAUUUGAUACAGCAACCACAAGUAUGCUUGGCACCACAACAACUACUGAUGCAACAACAACUUUGGCUUCCACAACCACCCCUCCAACGUCUUCGACUGUAACACCAAUGUCAACAACUGAUGCAUCAACCACAACUCGGUCUGACACCACAUCUACUGAUGUAACAACAACUUUGUCUUCCACAACCACCCCUCCAAGGUCAACAACUGAUGUAGUAACCACAAUUAUGCCUGACACCACAAGAACUAUUUAUGCAACAUCACAUUUGACUUCCAUAACCAGCCUUCCAACAUCCUCAACUGCAGAACCAACAACUGAUGCAGCAAUGACAACUCCAUUUGACACCACAAAAUCUACUGAUGCAGCAACAAUUUUGGCUUCCAGAACCACCCUUCUAACGUUAACCGAUGCAGCGACCGUAACUAUGUCUGACACCACAACAUCUACUUACUUAACAACAAAUUUGGCUUCCACAAACACCCCUACUACAUCCUCAACUACUGCAUCAACAUCGACACCUAAUGCAGCAACCAGAACUAUGCCUGACAUCACAAUAAAUAUUGCUGCAACAACAACAACAACUUUGGCUUCUACAAACAUGCCUUCAGCAUCCUCAACUGUGGCCCCAAUGUUGAAUACUGAUGCAACAACCUUAAGUAUGGCUGAGGCCACAACAACUAUUGAUGCAACAACAAUUUUGGCUACCACAUCCAACCCUCAAACAUCCUCAACUGUGGCAAUAACUGAAGCAGCAACAAAAAGUAUGCCUGACACUACAACAAGUCCUGAAACAACAACAACUUUGGAUUCCACAACCACCAAUCCAACAUCCACAACAAUAGAAUCAAUGUCAACAACUGAUGCAGCAACCACAAGUCUGCCUGACACAGAAAAAGGUAUUAAUGCAACAUCUUUGGUCAGCACAACCUCUCCUCCAACAUCUUUAUCCAUGUCACCAAUGUCAACAACAACUGAUGCAGCAACCACAACUAUGCCUGACACCACAACAGUACUUCCUGCAACAACUAUUGUUGCAAAAGCAACAACUUUGGUUAAGACAAGUACACCUUCAGAAUCCUCAUCUGUAGCACUAACAUUGCCAACUGAUGCAUCAACCACAACUAUGCCUGAAACAACAACAGUCCUACCAACAACACUUAUUGGUGCAACAACAACUGUGGCUACAACAAGCACCCCUCCAACAGCAUCACUUCUAAAACCAGUGCUACCAUCUGAUGCAGCAACCACAACUGAGCCUAAAACAGCAGUUCUUCCAACAACAAUAACUUUGGUUAACAUAAGCACCCCUGCAACAUCUUCAGUUGCAGCACCAAUGUUGACAACUGAUGCAGCAACAACUGUGCCUGAAACCAAAACUAUUGGUACAACAAAUAUCGCCAGCACAAGCACCCCUCCAUCAUUCUCAUCUUCAGCACCCUUAUCGACAACCGAAUCAACAGCCACAACUAUGUCUGAAACAACAACAGUACUUCCAGUGACAACUACUGGUGCAACAACAAGAACUUUGGCUGGCACAAGUACACUUCCAACAGCAGCUAUAGGUGAGACAACUAUAAUCUUGGGACUCAAAACCACAGUAGCCCCACCAACAUUUUCAACUAUCACACCAAACACCACAACUCAUCCACAAACUACAACUAUGCCUGAAACCAAUACAAGUAUUGGUGUAAAAACUACAACUUUGACCCCCUCAAGCACCACAAACCCUCCAACAUUGGUGGAGGAGUCAAUAACAACAUCAUCCAUAAAAAUUCAUCCAACAAGCACAAUGUCUGAGAUGAAAAUUACUACCUCUGGUGCGUUAAAUACAACUUUAGCUCCUACAAAUGCAAUAACCACACCAAUGCUCUUGAUUACAGCACCAGCUACUAUAAAUCAUCCAACAAAAAUUAUUGUGACUGAUACCACAACUACACUUCCAACUACAACUACUAUUGAUGCAACAUUGAUUCCCACAAGCACAAAAACCUCUGCAUCAUUCUCAACUACAGGAAGAACAGAUAUUACUGAUUCAACAACCACAACUAUUUCUAAAAUCACAACAACUAGUAGUGAAGCAAUUACAAUCAGAAUGUCCUCCUCAACAUUUUUGGAAGAGUCAAUGACAACACCAAUUGCUAAAACUAAUCAAACAAUCACAGCUAUGCCUGAAAUCACUGAAGUUUCAACAACUGCAAAAACAUCACAAGCUACAUCUAAUUUAAAUACAACAACAACAUUUACAACAACAACUUUGACUAAUUCUCAAACGGAAAAUAAUCCUACAAUGCACAUCCCAAUUUCUACAACAGUCCUUGGCAAAACAAGUUUACCUUUAAUGAACAUAACUGGUUCAGCACUGGUCACAAGCAAACUGCUGUUCGACUCCUCAUCUCCAGUCCCCAGUGAAACUCAGGUCCUCAAUGUUAUCAACACUCUUCUGAAAUCCAGAGAUUCACAGCUCAACAAAUCAGUGCAGGUGCUGAAUGUCACCUAUAAGAAUAUCUCAGAGACCUCCUAUGCAAUCAUCUUUACAUUUAACCUGAUUAACAUUAGUAUACCAGAGGACCCUAAACUAAAGAAAAACACCUAUCAGCACCUACAGAAUGUUAUCAAUAAUGUGUUGAACACACUUCUGAAUGAACCUGGCAGUCAGGUUUUUAAAGCCAAGUCCUCCAAAUUCACGUGCACAGAAAACCACAUUAAUGGCAGUAUGGAAUAUAUCUUCAACAACAAAGAUCAACCCACCAUUUUCUUAAAGGAGCUUAGUUUACAGAGCAGCUUAACAACAACCCUUGCAACACCUGACACAUCUAAAACCACUAAAGAAACUACAACUUUGAUUGGGAGGGUGUUUUUUUACAUUCGGCUAAUUUUUAUCACACGGGGCCCUCUACCAAGUGAGAGUCGUGUUCAAGAUUUGGUCAACUUACUUCUGGCCCCACGUCUUAGAACUAAACAAGACACAGCACAAACCCGGAGUGAUCCUGUGAGCUAUGUGAAUGUCACCUAUGAGAAAAUUUCUGAUAAUUCAUAUGCCCUCAAAUUUGGAUUUGAGAUCAACAGUCCAUCCAUGACAGAGAGACUUGAACUCAGGGAUGGCAACUACACAUUCAUUCAAAACUUCAUAAAAAGAAAGCUGAACCAGAUCCUAAGUGACUCUGACACUUCUGUUGAGUUCAACAAAACCAAUUUCACGAAAAAUUCCAUGGAGGUCAUUGCUAAUAUGGAUUAUAUUUUCCGGCAACAAGACAUCAAGUCACCCAGUGGCUUUCUCCAAGAACUUCUCAAAGUUAAUAAUAGCCUAACAACUCCAGUCCCAACAGUGAAUAAAACAACUCAGAAACCUGUAGAGACACCAAAUGUGAUUGGGAGGGUGAUUAUUUACAUUCGGCUCAUAUUUAUCACACGGGGCCCUGUACCAAGUGAAGCUAAAAUAUUACAGUUGGUUACCAAUCUGCUGGCCACACGUCUGAGAACUAAACGAGAACUAAGGUCACAAAGCUUGCGUACCCCUGUGAGCUUUGUGAAUGUCACUUAUACAAAAAUUUCUGAUACGUCAUAUGCCCUAAAUUUUGGAUUUGAAAUCAACAAUGUUACCAUGUCUGAGAAACUUGAACUCAGGGAUACCACAUAUAAAUUAAUCCAGGACUCUAUAAAUAAAUUGCUGAAUGCGAUCCUAACUGAGCCCACUGCCACUCCAUUUGUGUUCAAAGAUGCCAAUUUCACGGGUAAUUCCACUACUAUUCAGGCUGAUGUACACUAUGUUUUCUCAGAAAGCGACAUCCAGAAACCCAGUUCCUUUCUCUAUGCACUUAUUGUGGUUAAUAAUGAGUCUAUUACCACAACUACACCUGCUGCAACAAGAACCACCUUUUACUCCACAGUACUGAGCACUACAGUCACAACUAACAGUACUAGUGCUGCAUGGGUUGUGGCCAUCAUUGUACCCUGUGCUAUUGCCAUCAUCCUCGUACCUUGCUGGAUUAUCCUUUGUUGUUUGCUCUGUGGCUGCUGUACAGCAAUAAGAAGACGGUGGUCCAGAAGACGGUCGUACAAUGUACAAUACACUACUCGAAACAGCCUUUUCUAGAGAACUUGAGACACAUCAGGAAAAGUUUCUAACACUAAUGACUAAUUACUUGAACUUCUAAUCCAAAUUGUGAUGGUGGUACUUUAAAGUUUACAUUUAACUUUCCAUAAUGAUUAUUCUAUCUUAGAGCUUUUAUAAUACAUUAUUUAUGUUCUUGCGCCUGUAAUGCUGGACAGACAGGAUCUUAAAUUGUGAUUUAAUGUAAUUUAUUUUCAGUACUGUUUAAUGGACUAAAAAUGUAUUUACUAUUUCUGUAAGGUUUACAAUAUUUACAUGUUAUAAUAUUUUUGGAUUUCCAAAUAAUUAAUUUAUUUGAUAUUACACAUUUCAUUUUAAGGGGCAAUGUUGGUAAUAUUAAACUUAUUCACAUUUAUGCACUUUAGUUCCAUGUAACUCAAAGAAAAAAUCAUCACACAAACAGCCUAUUUAGUCUUAAAUCAUAACAAUAUUAAUACAUUAAGACCAAAUGUAUGUGUACAUAUAACCAAAUGACUAUCAAUGAUCUAACAGAACUCUGUGUAACACCA